GGAAAGAAGCGGGCGGGUCUGGUUGUGUUGCUGAAACCCACGAAGUUCUUGUGUGCCCUCCCUCCCACAAUGAAAAAAGAGUGGGCAGAAAAAAUGGUCCACCUCCUAAGUCCUUCAAACAUCCUAGUAUGCGUAGAAUUCCCACUAUAUAAAGACCCCAACGAGCAGAGUCCGCCUUGGGGGCUUCAGGGCUUGUACUGGAACUUAUUAGGUGAGGGUGUUGACGGCAUCCUUCAUGAGUCUGGCGCUGGUCACAGCAGACAGGGCUGGUGGAAGCGGUUGUUGUCCUAUUCCCCGGAACGGACGUGCGAAGUCAGGGAGGGUACGGAUAUGGUGAGUAUGUGGAGGUUGACCUAG